CAGACACGCAGUCCACGGAGACUCCACGCGCCCACGACGCUCCGCAUUUCCUCAGCGUGUCGCUCCGGGACGAGCUCAGCCAGAUAAUGAGGAUUGUGCGUCCUGCUGCGCACAGUUUGGUUCAUCGAGUCAAAGAGAUCAUCCCCGCCAGAUAGCCGCACUUCUUCCCUCUUUGUUUGCUUUCAUUAGAUAUAUAUUUAUAUUUUUGUUUCUUAAAUAGAAAAGGUAAACAAAUAAAGCAACUGGAGGUGACAAAAGUCAACCGAGUACAAAGCUUGAUCAUCUCCGAGGAGGAAACUUGUCGCCAUGAGUUCCGAUAAGAGCAAAGUGGAGGAUGAAGCUGUUUUGGACAGAGGAGCAGCUUUUGUGAAGCAUGUCUGUGAUGAAGAGGAAGUGGAAGGACACCACACUGUGUACAUUGGUGUGCAUGUUCCUAAGAGCUACCACCGGAGGAGACGCCACAGACGCAAGUCGAGUCAUAAAGAGAAGCGGGAACGGGUUCAGCAGAUUGUGGAAGGGUACAAGUCCGAUGCGGAGAAUGUGGAUGAUUCCAGCUCCAACUUCCUGAAACCUCUCAUUUCUCCAGCUGAGAGGAUCCGGUUUAUCCUGGGAGAGGAGGAUGAUGGACCACCACCUCCCCAGCUCUUCACAGAGCUGGACGAGCUUCUGAGUGUGGACGGGCAGGAACUGGAAUGGAAGGAGACAGCCAGAUGGAUCAAGUUUGAAGAGAAGGUGGAGAAAGGCGGAGAGCGUUGGAGCAAGCCUCAUGUCGCCACAUUGUCCUUGCAUAGCUUGAUGGAGCUCAAAACAUACAUUGAGAGUGGAACGAUCCUGUUAGACAUGGAGGCGUCCACGCUGCCGCAAGUUGUUGACAUGAUCACAGACAGCCAGAUUGAAACGGGUCAGCUGAAGGCAGAGCUGAAGGAGAAGGUGGUGUACACGCUGUUAAGGAAGCAUCGCCACCAGACCAAAAAGUCCAACCUGCGCUCUCUUGCCGACAUCGGCAAGAGCGUCUCCAGUGCAAGCCGGCUCUUUUCAAACCAGGAAAAUGCACCACGCUCCUCCUUCGAUCACCCUUUGCCUUUUUUAACUCAAGACUCGUCGGAAUCAUGUGAGGUCAUGAGGAGCUCCAGCACGGGACACCUUUGUAGCCCUACCACUACCCACAGGAACCUCACCUCCAACAGCCUCAGUGAUUUCUCAGAUAAACCAGAAAAAGAUCAGCUGAAGAAUAAGUUCAUGAAAAAGCUGCCCCGCGAUGCUGAGGCAUCCAACGUGCUGGUUGGAGAGGUGGACUUCCUGGAAACCCCGUUUGUUGCUUUUGUUCGCCUGCAGCAGGCCGUUAUGCUGGGAGCUCUGACUGAAGUCCCUGUGCCCACAAGGUUUAUGUUUGUACUGCUGGGACCUAAAGGAAAGUCCAAGUCUUAUCGGGAGAUCGGAAGAGCCAUUGCUACCCUGAUGUCUGAUGAGGUAUUUCAUGACAUCGCCUAUAAAGCAAAGGACAGGAAGGACCUGCUGGCUGGGAUCGAUGAGUUCCUGGAUGAGGUGAUCGUCCUGCCGCCUGGCGAGUGGGACCCCGACAUCAGAAUAGAGCCGCCCAAGUCUCUUCCCUCCUCAGACAAAAGGAAGAAUAUGUAUGCUGGAGGAGAGGCACCUCAGAUGAAUGGCGACACUCCCCAUGAUUCAGGUCAUGGAGGUGGAGGAGGGCACCAAGUCGGAGAGGAGCUCCAGUGCACAAGAAAGUUCUGCGGGGGUCUUAUCCUCGAUGUGAAAAGAAAGCUGCCGUUUUUUGGCAGUGAUUUCUACGAUGCACUCAACAUUCAGUCUCUGUCUGCCAUCCUGUUCAUCUAUUUGGGGACAGUCACCAACGCAAUUACUUUUGGAGGCUUGCUUGGGGAUGCUACAGAAAACAUGCAGGGAGUGUUGGAAAGUUUCCUUGGCACGGCGCUGACGGGAGCCGUGUUCUGUCUGCUAGCUGGUCAGCCCCUGACCAUCCUCAGUAGCACAGGCCCGGUGCUUGUGUUUGAAAGACUUCUGUUCACCUUUAGCAAAGAUAAUAAUUUCGACUACCUCGAAUUCCGGCUGUGGAUCGGCCUGUGGUCCGGCUUGUUCUGCCUGGUGCUGGUCGCCACAGACGCCAGCUUCCUGGUGCAGUACUUCACACGCUUCACCGAGGAAGGCUUCUCUGCACUCAUCAGCUUCAUCUUUAUCUACGACGCGUUCAAGAAGAUGAUAAAGCUGGCCAAUCACAACCCCAUCAACAAGGAGUUUGAUCACAACCUCAUCACUCAGUACGACUGCCGUUGCGUACCUGAUAAUUCAUCAGCACUAAAUGUUUCUGCCUGGACAAAUACAACUCUGCCAGAGAAUGCAACCUGGGCUUCCCUGACCAUGCAACAGUGUAAGGAGUUUGGAGGACAGCUGGUCGGAGAGGCUUGUAACUAUGUGCCUGACAUUACCCUGAUGUCCUUCAUCCUGUUCUUUGGGACCUACACCUGCUCCAUGGCUCUGAAGAAGUUCAAGACUAGUAGAUUCUUUCCCACAACAGUGAGGAAGCUUAUCAGUGACUUUGCAAUCAUCUUGACCAUUCUUCUCUUCUGUGGCAUCGAUGCCUUGGUUGGUGUAGACACUCCAAAGCUUAUAGUGCCUAGUGAAUUUAAGCCCACAAGCCCAAAUAGGGGCUGGUUUGUUCGUCCAUUUGGAGGGAACCCCUGGUGGGUCUACCUGGCAGCUGCGCUUCCUGCCCUCUUGGUCACCAUUCUGAUAUUCAUGGAUCAGCAGAUCACUGCCGUGAUUGUCAACAGGAAAGAACACAAACUAAAGAAAGGGGCCGGGUAUCAUCUGGACCUGUUCUGGGUGGCCAUCCUGAUGAUUUUGUGCUCCUUCAUGGGGCUGCCAUGGUACGUAGCUGCCACCGUCAUCUCCAUCGCCCACAUCGAUUCUCUGAAAAUGGAGACGCAGACCUCCGCCCCCGGAGAGCAGCCCAAGUUCCUGGGCGUCAGGGAACAAAGAGUCACUGGCAUCUCUGUGUUCCUCCUGACGGGACUCUCUGUCUUCAUGGCUCCUAUCCUCAAGUUCAUCCCCAUGCCUGUGCUCUAUGGUGUCUUCCUCUACAUGGGUGUGGCAUCUCUCAAUGGUGUACAGUUCAUGGACCGUCUGCAGCUGCUCCUCAUGCCUGCCAAGCACCAACCAGACCUGAUCUACCUGCGUCACGUCCCCCAGAGACGCAUCCACCUUUUCACCUUCAUUCAGGCCCUCUGUUUGGCCCUCCUCUGGGUCCUCAAAUCUACCGUGGCUGCAAUCAUUUUCCCAGUUAUGAUUCUGGCGUUAGUCGCCGUCCGAAAGGCCAUGGACUUCGUGUUCUCCCAACAUGACCUCAGCUACCUGGACGAUGUGAUCCCAGAGAAGGACAAGAAGAAGAAGGAGGAUGAGAAAAAGAAGAAAAACAAGAAGAAGGGAAGCAUUGAUAGUGAAAUGGAUUUUUCCGACUACCCCUACAAUGAAAAUAUCCCCUCUAUAAAAAUCUCUAUGGAUAUGAUGGAACAGGAGCCAAUGUUGGGGGAUAAAUCUGAGGAUAGAGAUCAUGCGAAAACUUUCCUUAACCCCCAUUCACCGUGCUGAACACUACUUCCGCAGACCCACUGUGUGAUGUUGGCAGCGGUUCACCUACGAUUCAGAUUGACCUGGAGAACAAUGGUUUCCUCCGGAGGAAGAAGUCUGAAACUGAACUGUGACAUGAAAAUUUAAAGAAACAGCAUGACGCUGCAAACUUAGCCAUCCUCUUAUUUUAUUUAAUUUUCUUUUAUUACCACAGUGCCGAUUUGUAGUGGUAUUUCGGUUAAAGUUAGCAAACAGAUUUGAAUCAGAACGGCGGGAGUAUUUGUCUUAACACUUUGUUGGUACUGAAUUUCUAUAGAGACGUUGCGUCAUUGGCUUUAAAAUCAACACGGCUCCUAAAUAUUAUCUGAAUUCGCUUUAAAACUACUAAUUUAGUCAUCAUCAAUCUUAACAUCUGUGGACAUAAGCAAAGGUUCAGGAAGCUAUGGCAACUAAACCAUACAUUCAACUCCGUUUUUCCUGUUCAAAUCAUUCCCAAAGGUUUAUUUUAUUUAAUUUUUUUUAAUAGAACAAAUGAAGACAAGUUUUCUUCUUUCUAAGCUGCUGAAAUCAUCAUCUGAACAUUAGAUUCUGCCGUUUACAUGUUGUGAACAAAAGGGCUAUAAAGUCACCUAUGCAGAGUAACAAGCUACUUUAUGUUUGGUUCAAGGGUGUGAAAAUAUUUCUGAUUUUUUUUCAUAGUUCCAGCAAUUUAAAAAUAACACACAAAGGUUUUCAUCUUCUCUUUUUUUAAAAUAAUUUCUUCCCUUGCUUUAUAUUUAUUCUCAUAUCACUCUCAGUGGGUUAAGUUUCCUGUAAGGAGUGGAAAUAUUUAGUUUCAGAUGUCUUCUCUGUGGUCUGUUUCCACUCAGCUGUCUUUUGCCUGACUCCAGGGUAGUAGAUGUAUGAAAACCUUUAUGUAGCUCUACCUCUUCUUCUCUGUAGGUGCCAGACAUGUUUGAAAUAAGUGAUAUGUAUCUUUUAUGCAAUGAUUUGUGAUCAAGCAGUAAUUUAAUUCUCCUAUCCUAAUUUGGCACUGUAUACAUGUCAGAAUCCUCUUAUUUUUUUUUUUUUUACUUAUUUUGUUGUGUUUUCAUCAUGAAAUGUUAAAUAACGGAUAUAUAUAUUUUACAAGGUAAAUCCACCCAGUUUUCAAGGAAAAGCUGAUACUUUGAAGUUUGCAUUUGAACAACUGAACAUGGCAUUAAUAUAUAUGAGAAAACAUUGUCCCUUUGUUGAUAUAUUGAAACCCUUGCGGUGAGGAGAAAUGGCUUCUAGCUUGUCUGUUUAAUUCAAUGUAACAUUCGCUCGCAAGACAAUCAGCUGUUUGAUUCAGUAGCUUUAAAUUUGCAAUGCAAUUUUUAUCCAGAGACUUGUAAUUUGAUUAAUAUUUAAUCUUGAAGUAAUUUUGAGGUAUUCAUUCUUUUUUUUUUUUUUUUUUAUAAUGCAAAUUUAAAUUCAGACUCAGUGUGUGACCGGUGGUGGAAGAUUGUUUGGAGUAGGGAGUCAAAGAAGACGUACAGUGCUGAAAACAACUAUUUGCCAACUUACAGACUGUUUUUGUUUUUGUUUUUUUAUCACUAAAUUUUAAAGAAAAAAGCUCUGUAAACACAAAAUGCAGUUUUCUCAUAAAAUCAGCAGAGCCUUUCAUGAAUAUGUAAUUGCCCUCUAAAGCUUUUUUACAUUAAUGAUGAUCAGUUUUUUUACUUCACAAAGAAAUGGAAUAGCAUCCCAAUCGAUAUUAAGUGUAAACCUUCCUUAGAUUAACUAACUGCACUGUUUUAAAUGUUGAUUGUCCUGCUGCAUAACUCAGCUUUGCUCGUCCUUAAGUUCACAAACUGAUGGCCACACAGAAUGUCUGGAUCCAUUUAGCAAAGUAGCCCCAGACCAUUACACUACUGCCAAGAUUGUUGAUGGUAGAUGUUUAUUUUUUCACUGAAAUGCUUUUUUUUCUUGUAUUAUUUUGUUUGUCGUUUUUUUUCCCCCCACCAGAUAUGUUGACAAA